AUGAGUUUCUUCGGCAACAACACAGGUGGUGGUAUCUUUGGCAAUGCCGCCAACAACUCCAACACUUCCAACGCUACAACGACGCCCAAUAUUUUUGGAGGUGGCACUGGCGGUGGCAUAUUUGGUGGUGGCGCGUCAUCAAAUACAACUGGUGGAAACAUAUUUGGAGGUGCGAGCAACACGCAGCCAAGUACACCAGCGCCUAGCGGUGGUUUAUUUGGAGGAGGUGCGAAUACGACUACAACACCUGCGCCCGCAACUGGUGGACUGUUCGGCAACACUCAAAACAAUACCACAUCCACUCCAGCACAACCAGCUAGCCUAUUCAGCGUGAAUAACCCCAAUCCCCCUGCUGCUGGUACCGGUUUGUUUGGCUCAACAAACACUACGACGCCUGCCCCUGCGGCAUCCACAGGAGGGUUAUUUGGAAGUACCACAACCAAUACAACACCUUCAACUGGCGGUAUUUUCGGGGCAGCAAACAAUACAUCAAAUCCUACCACAACUACAUCAGCUAAUGCCUCAUCUGCCGCUCCCGCAUCACUUUUUAGCGUGAAACCUGGGCAGAGCCUGUUCGGUCAACCCAGUACCACUACCCCAACUAACACGGCUGGAACACCAGCUACAUCUUCCGCUGCACCUGCCGCUGGUGGAAUUUUUGGUCUGCCCCCCAAACCUGCGACCACUGGUGCUACCCCCACCGCAAAUCUUUUUGGCCAGAAGCCUACUACGACUCCGGAAGCAUCCAAUGCCAACAAGGAUACACCUGCGCCUGCUAGGGGUGGUUUAUUUGGUGGAUCUAGUAGCAAAGAGGGCGAAAAAAAGGACUCUGCUGCUCCAGCCGCACCAUCGCCUUUCGGUCUUUUUGGAGGUUCCAAACCAGCUGAAAAGAAGGAGGAGACACCAACUUCGACGACUGAAAAGAAAGACGCUCCUGCCACAAAUACCACGGCAGCUACCGCGUCCAUUGCUAUUGCACCUCCAUCAAUGCUGAGAGGCAAAUCCCUUGAAGAAAUUGUCAAUAGGUGGACUUCAGACCUGGAAACCCACAAGGCUGCCUUCAACAAAUACGCUGCAGAAGUAGCCGUUUGGGAUCGUGCUUUGAUUGAAAACGGCAACAAUAUUGCUGCCCUCUACAGCCACAUUCUAGCCGCUGAAAGGCAACAAAAUGACAUUAACGAAUCGCUCGAUCAUAUCGAGCAGCAGCAGAAGGAUCUUGCUUCUACCUUGGACGCGUACGAGAAAAUCUCGCAAGACAUACUUGGUGGUCAACUCAGAACGCUCGACACCGGCCCUGCCGACAACGAGCGUGAUCAAAAUUACAUGCUCGCAACGGACCUUCAUACCCAUCUUGACGACCUAUCAGGCUCCCUUACACAAAUGAUCGAGUCAGUAAAUGCUCUUUCAAUAGCCUCGAAACCAACCGAUUCGGCGGACGACCCCAUGUCGCAAAUCUCGCAGAUUCUGAGUAGCCAUCUGGAGAGUCUGCAGUGGAUAGAUGGUGCUGUUCGCGAGGUCGAGAACAAAACUAACGAGGUGGAACAACGUAUCAAGGAAUCGGGGCAUAAUUUGUCAGGUCCUGGAAAUAAAUCAAGAGGAUUUGGCCUUAAUCGUUAG